GCUCAUCCUGGGCAAGCCCCUGGGAGAAGGGUGCUUCGGGCAGGUGGUGCUGGCAGAAGCCAUCGGCCUCGACAAGGACAAGCCAAACCGCGUGACCAAGGUGGCCGUGAAGAUGCUCAAGCGUAAGUGCACGGAGAAGGACUUGUCCGACCUCAUCUCCGAGAUGGAGAUGAUGAAGAUGAUCGGCAAGCACAAGAACAUCAUCAACCUGCUGGGAGCCUGCACGCAGGACGGACCCCUCUACGUGAUCGUGGAGUACGCGAGCAAGGGCAACCUGCGGGAGUACCUGCAAGCCCGGCGGCCCCCCGGCAUGGAGUACUGCUACAACCCCACCCGCGUCCCCGAGGAGCAGCUCUCCUUCAAGGACCUGGUCUCCUGCGCCUACCAGGUGGCGCGGGGCAUGGAGUACCUGGCCUCCAAGAAGUGCAUCCACAGGGACCUGGCGGCCAGGAACGUGCUGGUGACCGAGGACAACGUGAUGAAGAUCGCUGACUUCGGUCUGGCCCGUGACAUCCACCACAUCGAUUACUACAAGAAGACGACAAAC